AAUCCAAGAAGUAGAUCCACAUUAACCAGGAAAUGCUCGUUCUCUGAAGACUGCAAGAUACCUCUGGUUUCAUCAUGGCAAGCCAGGUUGCUGAGUCAAACGGUGAAUUUUGCUUCGACCUUUUCCGCGAGCUGAGUCACGCAAACGUAGAUGCAAAUGUAUUUUUUUCUCCGUUCAGCAUCCUAUCUGCUUUGGCCAUGGUAUACCUUGGUGCAAGCGGCCAAACGGCAUCUCAGCUACAAAAGGUCCUUCAUUUUGACAAAUUCACAGAACCUGAAACGUCCACAUUUCCUCAGUGCCAGCAGCCUAACAGUGUCCAUACCGCAUUAGGAAGUGUACUCUCGCAAAUCAGAGCACUCGACACUAAUGAUACUCUGAGCAUUGCCAACAGACUCUAUGCUGAACGAUCCUACCCCAUUCUUCCGAAAUACUUAAAAUGCACUAAGGAGCUGUACAGAGCAGGCCUGGAAAAAGUCGACUUUCAAAAAUCUUCUGAACAAGCGAGAUUGGCAAUUAAUGCUUGGGUGGAAAGUCAAACCAAUGGUUUGAUCAAAGAUAUGUUUGCUUCUGGAUCUAUUCCUUCCAGAACCAUCCUGGUUUUAGUAAAUGCCAUUCACUUCAAAGAAAAGUGGGCGUCUGAAUUUAACACACGAGACACAAAGCAAAUGCUUUUUAUGGUGAAUGAGAAAGUGAACAGAUCUGUACAGAUGAUGCACCACGUCUCCGAUUUUAAUUUUGCCUCCAUAGAGAAGUUCAACAUUCUAAUUCUUGAACUUCCAUAUGCUAACAAUGAAAUGAGUAUGGUCAUACUUCUUCCAAAGGACAAUUUUGGCCUGCUGCAGCUUCAACGUUUAAUCACCUACAAGGAGUUACUAAAAUGGAUGAAGUCCAUGAGACAAAGAAAAGUGGAAGUAUAUGUGCCCCGAAUGAAGAUGGAGGAGAAAUAUAGUCUGAUCGGCAUUCUGGGAAACCUGGGCAUAACAGAUCUCUUCACACCAAGGGCCAGUCUCACAGGCAUCUCCUCUGCAGGAGGCCUGGACGUGUCAGAAAUCAUUCAUAAGUCUUAUGUGGAAGUUAACGAAGAAGGCACUGAGGCAGCAGCUGCUACUGGGAUACAGAUCCGCCUCACCUCCUUUGAAAAACCUGUUGUAUUCAGAGCCGACCAUCCUUUCCUCUUCUUUGUCAUUCACAAAAAAACCAACCUGAUUAUCUUUUCGGGCAAAGUCUCUAGUCCUUAAAUGGUUGAUAUGUUUGUUUUU